CGGGGCUUGGAUGCUAUACUGGACGGACGCAGAAAGCUUGGGCUCCUGCCUGAUCCUGGCUUAAAAUCGACAGGUGACAAAAGCCCUAUUACUGGACUAACUCAUACUGGCAAACUCGUCUAGUACCUUGCAGGCAACAUUGGAGUGAGAUUCAGACCUCCACACUCUCAAAGCCAAGCAGUGGCGGCCACCAUCUAUUUGCGGCCUGGUGUUACCUCGGCGGGAGAAGCGGACGAUCUCUCUGUCCGGGGUGGCCCAGGCUUUCUUCUUUGUGGAUAUAUGGCGCCCUGUACUCCCCUCCCUUUGGGCCGGCAGGGGUUAUCCCGGUCCCCACCAAGCAGUGUUCACUCACCUUCCUGUGGCUCCUGAUUGACUCUUGCAGAAAAAUCCACAUGGCCUACCUAAGAUGGCUGACACGAAGCAUGAAAUACAAGAACCGGCGCAGAGCUGGGAAGAGGGCUUCUUACGGGCAUUCAAUGCUAUAUGCCAGAGGUUCUGUGUGACUCAACCUGUUUGCAGAGUUCCUGCCCGGAAACCCCCAACUGGUCUGAGACCCAAGCGGCAGCAGCGAGCAACACAAGGGCUGCACACCAGAGUUCAUGCCCGGAAACCCUCAACAGGUCAGAGACCCAAGCAGUACAGGGGCUGCACACCUGAGUUCCUGCCUGGAAACCCUCAACAGGUCAGAGACCCAUGCAGCACAGGGGCUGCACACCUGAGUUCCUGCCUGGAAACCCUCCACUGGUCAGAGACACAAGCGGGAGUAACACGUGGGCUGAACACCAGCGGAGAUCGUAGCCUCCUGCAGACUCAGGGACUUUACCUUGUCACGGAAAGAGUAGCCUAUGGCCAUGGGAAAGUGUGUGCUGCAGCAGGUUGUAGAAUCCCAGAGGACCUCUAAUCCAGUUUGUGCGUGCCUGAUCUCUGCCUGCAUGCCGUGGGUAUAGGAUGAAUUUACCAAAUAUCCCACUACUCCUACCCAGUACAGCCCCUCUGCUCACUUUAAUAUGUUCUUACAUUCAGUGAGCUAAGUUAAAUAGCUUUUGGUAUUUUCUCUAAUGCUUUCAUCGCUCACAUUUUGCAGUGUUUUAGUUCAGUUAAGCGACCAUCACUUUUUCUUUCUAUUGUUACCAUGUCAGUACUGAAUCUAAGCAUAUAUGGACCAAGCAUGUUCCUCUGUAGUAUGCUUUAAAUACUAUGCUAUGCCUACCAUUUCUGCUUCAUAUAAAAUUGUGCAGACCUUCUACUUGCCAUGUG